AUGGUAACUGAUGAGGAUUUUAUUGGCGGAAUUAAAAUUUCUGAGUCUCCGAGGAACGUGUGGGACCGAAUCAAGCGUUCCGAGAAGAGCUACCUGUGCCUUAACUGCGAGCGGCACCGCUGGAAGAACAAGGACGUGAAGCUGUGCGACAAGUGCUACCGGUCCUGCUCCCGCGAGAAGUGCGUGCACUGCAAGAGUGAGUUUUCGUUCCACAAGUUCUGCGAGAAGGCCGCCCAGACCUACAAGCGCCACGUCUGCCUCAACUGCGCCAGGAACAUCGCAACCCACAACACUGACCCGCGGCUGUGCCGUUUCUGUAGCUGCUGGUCCGCCUGGAGGGAGACCUCCGAAUGCGACCGCUGCUUCGCGCUCCUUGAGCGCUUCGGCAAUCCCACGAAUUGCGAGAGCUGCAACAAGAAUUGCUAUUUCAACAAGGGCGAGGAGUCGCGCAGCAAGGUCGACGGCCUCAAGCUCUGCUACCUUUGCACCUACGACUUCAAGAAGAACGACUACUACACGAAGCGCAGGCUUCUGGGCUCCAACAACCACGCCAACAGCAACUCCGCCGGCCCCCCCGGCCUCUCCAACGACGGCACCGCUAGGAACUCUGACACUAGUCCCGGCACCAGCCGCUCUAACUGCGAGGUCGACCUGGAGAAGGAGUACCUCAGGGACCUAGUUGCCAAGUUGGAGAAGGAGGUUGAGGAGUUGAAGCUUGAGAACGAAAGGCUGAAAUUGAUUGCAACUGAGGAUCAGGUUGCAUCCUAA